AUGAGGCCGUCUUUGGUACGCUACAUCAGGCCCCGUCGUCCAGAGAGAAAGACCCCUCCUCUUUUGCCACCUUUGAAGCUUUACAGGUCUAUCUUGAGAGCACACAGAACAAAACUACCAGCUGAGCUUCGAUUCUUGGGAGAUGAGUACGUAAAAUCAGAGUUCAAAGCUCACAAAACUACGGAUAACCCCAUGCAUAUCAUCGGCUUCUUAACACAAUGGCAGGACUACUUGAGGAGUAUUGAUGGAGGAACUUGGCAACAGGGCAAGAUGACUCAGCAAGAUUUAGAUAAGAUGUCGCCAGAACAGGUUUCCCAGCUCUAUGAGUUGAUGCAGGAGACGAAACGUCUUGGUCAACAGUAA